CGAUUGUAACGCGAAGAUAAUUUAUCAAGUUAAUAACAUUUUAUUCUAAUUUUUAUUACAAAAAAUAAUAUCUAUUUAAAAUUAAGGCGCAAAGCGCACUGUUAAAACGUUAAAAGUUUUCCUAAACAAAAAACAUGACUAGAUCCAGUAUCGAAUUGGGCGAUGUUACGCCACAUAACAUUAAGCAACUGAAGAAGCUCAACACCGUGGUCUUUCCAGUUUCCUACAAUGACAAAUUCUAUGUGGACGUGCUCGAUGCCGGUGAACUUGCGAAACUUGCCUAUUACAAUGAUAUUGUUGUGGGUGCCGUGUGCUGUCGCAUUGACACAACGGACAAUCAGCGACGCCUGUAUAUCAUGACCUUGGGAUGCUUAUCGCCCUAUCGACGCCUGGGCAUCGGCACCGUUAUGUUCGAGCACAUACUCAACUAUGCUGAGAAGGAUGGCAACUUCGACAGUAUCUUUCUGCAUGUGCAAAUUAACAACGAUGGCGCUAUCGAGUUUUACAAAAAGUUUGGCUUUGAGAUCGUUGACACCAAAGAGCAAUACUACAAACGCAUCGAGCCAGCGGAUGCCCAUGUGCUCCAAAAGGCUUUAAGACGCAAGAAGUCCGAUAUACAUAAUAAUCAUGCCUUCAGCAAUGGUUCCGUGAACGAGAAGAAGGAUCGUCGAACUUGAGAACUAGGAGCUGCUUCAUCACCAUUAUGAAACCGCAACAUGAACCAGCAACAACAUAUUUAGAUAUUUAAUUUAUAAAUUUUCACAUUGAACAAAAUCAAACAGUUAGAUGGAUACAGUAAAACAACAGCAAAACAUCAAUAUAACAAGAACAACAACAUGCACUAGGACUAAAAGUACGCCAAUUAUAGAUACACAACGUUUAUAGCCGAUUCCUGAUAGUUUAGUUGGAAGAAGGACCAUGUACCAAGCGAGUUGGCGCUAAAUAAACCGAACUGUCAAAACUU